AUGAGCAAGCCAUUCAGCCCUAAGCCAACCAAGUUCGCCCUGGACGGCCGCGAAACCGACCUCCUCCACUACAUCUACAAACAAGACCUGCAAACCCUAACCAACAACCCACGCGCCCUCCUAUCGCAAAUAGACACCUACAGCACAACCACCAACCCACUAAUGAACAUCGGCGCAACAAAAGGCGCCUUCAUCGAAAGCCUCAUAAAAACUCACAAACCACGCCUAAUGAUCGAACUAGGCGGGUACAUCGGCUACUCAGCGAUCUUAUUCGGCGCCGCAAUGCGCAACCACGGGGGCAAGUAUAUAAGUCUAGAAAUGAACCCGGAGAUGGCAGCCGUGGCGAACCAGCUUAUUUCCCUGGCUGGGUUGGGGGAUACGGUUUCUGUGAUUGUUGGUACUGCGGCCGAGUCGUUGCGAGGACUUGUUGCCCGGGGUGGCCUUGGGCGAGGGGGAGUGAUUCCGAUGGUGUUCUUGGAUCAUUGGCAGGAUGUAUAUUUGCCUGAUUUGAAGUUGUUGGAGGGGCUUGGUGCUGUGGAUAUUGGGUCUGUUGUUAUUGCUGAUAAUGUUAUUUUCCCUGGUGCGCCGGAGUAUUUGGAGUGGGUUCAGGCUAGUUGUGAUGUUAAGAAGGGGUUGAAGGGGGAGGGAGAGGAGGGAGAUGCUGGGUUGGUUUAUGUGACUGAGGUGACGGAGUUUGAGACUCAGUUUGGGAAGGAUGGGGUUGCUGUUACGAAGGUUGUUGGGAAGGAGGAUGCCUAG